AUGAACUGGUUGCAGUUCACUGCCUCAAAUGUUCUAUUGCUUACUCAAGUAGAAGGGAGUGGACCAGAAAUAAACUCCCUCCUUUUAGAACACAGGCACAUCCUUCCUGCCUUCAAACAUUCAGAGGAUGCUUACUCCCCUGCCAAAGUCCUGGCAGCUGAAAUACCUUUCCAACCUGGUUUUCAAGAGCUGCAGCUGAGCAAUGCCUUCAGUUUUGAGUUGUUAUGUGCAAAUUAUAUAUGGGAAGCUUCAGGGGUAUCUAGAAGGAUGAAUAUUGAGGUGGCUAUAGCUUGUGGGAAUACUGUAGGGUGGAUAGCCAGAUGGCUAGUUAGCAAGGAAGAAGUAAAGAAACUUCUAGAAAGGCCCUCUUUUAUCAUGGCAAAUUUCAAUCACCUUGCAACUCUACCUAUCAAGGGUGAAGAUGGUGUCAAGCUAGUAGCAGAAUCUAUCAUGGUUGAAGAAGAGAAAGUUCUAGUCAGGUUCAUUCCUGGUUCUGAGCUUUGA